AUGUAUAUAACGGCCGUCGUGGCUCACAUUGUGCUCAUUCCGGCUCUAGUCCUCUGCGCGGACUGUGACACAGCGAACACCCGUCUCUUCCCGUCUACAGCACGCGCGUACAUAGUGCAUCCUGCCAAGUUCUGUUGGUCCCUUCGUGUCGUUGUGACUGCCCGCCUUGUUCCGUGCCGGGUGCUUUCGCCCGCACUCGCGAUCCCAUACUCGGCUGAGAUUCGUGGCUCGAAUAAAGGAAGGGCAUUGAGUCGACUCCCAAACUAUCGUCGCGCUGGCGAUCCCCUAAUUGUACGUAGUCUAGCCCUGUCUGCGCUGUAA